GAGGCUGUAGGAUUCAGAGUCAGGCAAACUUCUGUGGGGAUCACUGGGAGCCGGGCCCCAUGGCCCUCCCGUCUGAGGCCAGUUACCUGGAAGACAAAUGGCACUCGAUUUUUUCUGCCAUACAAUGGAUACAGUUUGUCAUGGCUACUCUCAGCAUUAUAGGAUCAAGUUCAAUCAUUGCCUAUACUGUCUUCCAGAACAUUAUGAAGUCCCCAGAGAUGAGACCACUUCUGUGCUUGAGUUUCUCGGACCUGCUUCUGGGGACGUGUUGGCUCCUGGGGGCUCUGCUGUAUGGGACCCCGAUGGCCAACGAGGACGUUGUCUGUUAUAACCUUCAAACCACAGGCCAGAUCUUCUACAUCUCAUCCUUUCUCUACACUGUCAACUUCACGUGGCACCUUUACAUGGACCUGAAGGUGAAAUACAACCAGAAUAUCUACUCGGCCUCCACAACGGACUACACCUCCAGAGUUGGAUGGAUAGCUGUUGUUUUGUCCAGCCUAAUCCCUCUCCUACUGAUGGUACCUGUAUUCUGCCUGGGAAACAGCAGCGAAUGUUUCCAUAACUUCAGCCAGAGUCAUAGGUGUCUCCUGAUGCACCCGCCACCCCCAGCCAUGGCUGAACUCCUGCCCUCUGCCAGCACUUCAGUCUGCAGGGUCCUCUACUUUUACGGGCUCAUCGUCUUCCUGACUAGCUUCCUUCUCAGUCUUCUCGCUAUUGUGGCCUUACUCAUGCGGGCCCAGAUGCUGUAUAAGAGGUUCGUGAAAUCUACUGGCUUCCUGGGGGACGAGCAAUGGGCCUCGAUCCGGGUGGUGGAGCACCGAGUGUGUUUCUAUCCAGCCGCCUUCUUUUGCUGCUGGGGUCCAGCUGCCAUCUUGGUGAUCAUAAAGCUGACCAGGCCAGAGAACACCCAGCUGCACAUGGCCCUCUAUGUUCUCCAGGCUCUCACAGCAGCAUCGCAGGGUCUGCUCAACUGUGGGGUCUACGGCUGGACGCAACACAGAUUCCACAGGCUCAGGCAGGAGGCCCGGAGGGAUGCAGACACCCAGACUCCCCUGCUACGCUCCCAGAAGAGGUUUUACACUGGUGGUCUAGUUGCCCCCGAGUCUAGACCUGCUCUGGCAGAUGCUACCUCCACUGUCCUCUGAAGCUUGAGAGGAAUUGGGGCCACCAAGGUGGGGACACUCUGCAGGAUAUGCCUACCAGGCAGUGAUGGCGAGGAGGACCAUGGGAUACUGCCACUACGAGCUGCCCCUCCCAGUACCCCCCGGAUUCCAGCCCUCAGAGGAUUAUUGAUAUUGGAGCUUGGACAUUGGUGACUGGGUUGGUUAUUAGUUGCCCUGGGUAUGGUCUCUUCUCAGUCAUGUGUCUCCUGUCACCAUCCAUUUCUAGUUGUAAAGAUCUCAAUUCAGGGAGAUAAGCCCACCCCCACCUCCUGGGUGGCUAUCAUUACCUUAGAGAGGCUCAGAAUUGUGGAACUCCCUUAUGGAAACAACCAAACCCCAGAUAAUUAUUUAUAAAUGUUAUUGUUAGACAUGCAACUCUGUUCCCUUGGAGAUGGGGAGGA